UAGGGUUAAUGGCAAAUAGGAGGGACCAUCACUUCAUCGAACCACAAGCAUUAUACGACGCAGCUCCUAAUCUCGACACUAUAUAUUCCUGUGAAGGACAAGGUUUGUGGUACGCAAGGGAACCUCGACAAUUUUUCAAUGUCAGAAGACUAGCCAUAUCGGGUCUUUUCCCUGAAUCAUUGGGCGAUUUGCUACUUCAUGGUCCGAAGGUCGAGGAGUUAGAAUACUACUUUGAACGUGACAAUGAUUUCACCAUCGAUAACCUAGCCUAUAUGCUAGCGCCUGUUGAGAGAACGCUCAAGAGAUUCUGCUUCAGUUACCUACCGGCCCACUCAGGAGAAAUGGCCUUCGAACCGUGUCCAGUUUGGAUGGAGCAUCCUCACUCAUUUAAUCCUCCGUUCAACAAGACCCUCCAAGAUUUCUCUAAUCUGGAGGAGUUGAUUAUUGAUUGUCAUUUCCUAUAUAGAUGGAGCGAUCGCGAACAAGUGGAUGGGCUUGUCACGCUUCUCCCGCCCUCAAUUCGCAAGCUUCGAAUUUUAUAUCUUUAUAAAGGCAUAUUCACGUCUCUCUCGCGACUUGCGGAAAUGGCACCUGGAUACUUCCCACUCCUUGAAGAUGUUACGCUCAGCCUUGCAGAAUGGACAGAUCCAAUACACAAGUCUAAUAUCGAGAAAAAAUUGCGCGUUGGUCAGUUGUUUCAGCAAUCCGGGAUAAGAUUUUCGGUGGAAGAGGACUUGGUAGGGGCAGACUCUAGAACUAUAAUCCCUGGUGCUAUGCCAGGGUCAAAGUUGAUACCUGCGCCCCGAAUGAUGGACGAAAAUUCGAGGAUCUGGAACUGA